UUAAUGUUUUACAUGUGACUCGGUUCAAGAAUGGUUGAAAAUAUAGACUUGAUUUUUAAUUACGGAGGAAACUAAAAGAACUUGGAGCUGGUUUGUGAAGUUGUUGAAACACUCUUUGGAUUUGAAAGAUGGUGAAAAAAUUACCUUUGUAUCAGAUAUGCAAAAGGGUUUGUUGGAUGUUGUUAGUAACGUAUGCCCACAAGCAAAUCAUAGAUGGUGUAUUAGGCACAUUGAAGCUAAUUGGAGCAAAAAAUGGAAAAGUGGGGAGAUGAAAAAACUUCUUUGGUGGUGUGCCUGGAGCACAUAUGAAGAGGAGUUUAAAGAUCAGUUAAAGAAAUUGGGUCAGCUAGAUGAGGCUGCUGCUAAGGCUUUGGUGAGUUAUCCACCCAAAAAUUGGUGUAGAGCUUAUUUUGACACCCAAUGCAAGAACUUUAUGGUGGACAACAACUUUACAGAAUCUUUCAACUCUUGGAUUGUACAGGCUAGACAAAAACUAAUUAUAAAGAUGCUUAAAGAUAUUAGGGUGAAGGUUGGAUUACUUUAUUGUUUCAAUUCUUUUAAUGUUCUGUUAUUUAUUGUUUUAAUUCUUUUAGUUUUUUGGUUGAAGUUAUAUUAUUUUACUGUUUUGUAUAGGUUAUGAACAUGUUAAGGGAUCAUGAAGCUGAGAUUUUAAAUUGGAAAGAUGAGUAUAUUAAUGUUUUUUGGUGUUAUGUAAAGAGAAUGAAGGAAUGACUUCAAACAAUUAGUGUUUUUGC